CUCCUCUCUCAGUGAAGACAUGAACCAGAAGAAUCCCUCUUCUCUUCGCAGCUGUUGUAUUUCACACGAAUUCUGCAAAUCAGCUUCCAAAAACCCUAACAAAAUCGCAGUUAUUCAUGCUUCCCCACGCCACCGUGGUGACCGUACUAAAUUCGCCACAGGAAUCGACCAGUUUAUUGAGGCGUCACCGUCUUCAGAUCAUCCUCCGGUGUACGAAGGAGACGUAUGUUUUACUUAUUCGGAGAUUCUAGAAGCGGUAGAUACACUUAGCCGUCGUCUACGGUUCAUCCUUGACGGUGGAGUUGAUCCUUCUCUUAUCAAACCAUCUCCAGAUCUGCGGCAUACGGAUCAGUCUGCGAAUACCCCAAGAAUUGUGGGGAUAUACAUGGUUCCUUCUGUAGAAUAUAUUAUAUCUGUUCUUUCUGUUCUGAGAUGUGGGGAGGCUUUCAUGCCACUAGACCCUUCAUGGCCAAAAGAAAGAGUAUUGUCUGUUGUUUCUUCUUCAACUGCCAACCUUAUUCUUUGUGGUUCUACUUCGUUUGAUGGAAACUACAGUCACUAUAUAGACAAAUAUCAUUGGCUUGUUGAUGGUAGUGGUUGUCCCGUUCUAAUAAUUUCCACGAAAACAAACCUUAAGAAGCACACCGCUUCCCCAUGUGCGAACAUGGCAUAUCCAUGUGGAAACAAGAAGUUGAGACCGUUCUGUUACUUGAUGUACACCUCUGGAUCAACUGGAAAACCUAAAGGUGUUUGUGGUACUGAACAAGGUCUUCUAAACCGCUUCAUGUGGAUGCAAGACAUGUAUCCCUUAUGUGGUGAGGAAACUUUGCUGUUCAAAACAUCUGUGGGUUUUAUUGAUCAUCUGCAAGAAAUUCUUGGAGGUCUACUUACCACUUGUACCUUGGUUGUUCCUCCUUUCAAUGUGCUAAAAGAAAAUAUACUUUCCAUCACCAAGUAUUUACAGGACUAUUCUAUCAAUAGGCUUGUUGCUGUACCAUCACUGAUGAGGAUGCUUUUUCCAACUCUUCAAAGUUCAUUUAGUACGAAGAUUCAGAGCUCUUUAAAAUUGUUAGUAUUGAGUGGAGAAAUCCUGCAUUUAUCCUUAUGGAAUUCUCUUGCAAAGUUAUUGCCCAACACUGCGAUCUUGAAUUUAUAUGGCAGUACAGAGGUUUCUGGUGAUUGUACAUAUUUUGACUGCAAAAGGCUAUCGUCACUUUUGGAGGCUGAGGUACUUAGUACUGUUCCAAUAGGAGUACCUAUUCCCAACUGUAAGGUAGAUCUUGUUGGAGAAGACGCACCUAACUAUGGAGAAAUAUAUGUUUCCGGAUUCUGUAUUGCGACAGGAUACUUCGAUCAUGAUAUUAUGCCUCUCAAUGAUGUAAAGGUGCUUCCAGGAUCUACUUUUUGUUGUUCUGCCGAUGAAAAAGAAAGCCUACUUUACUUUAAAACCGGUGAUUUUGCCAAACAACUUCCUGGUGGUGACUUGAUUUUUCUAGGGAGAAAUGAUCGAACUAUAAAGGUGAAUGGUCAGCGAAUUGCGUUGGAGGAGAUUGAAAAUACAAUAAGAACACAUGAAGAUGUUGGUGAUGCUGCUGUGAUAUUCAACAAUGCUGAAGGAGAAGUUGCAUAUCUUGAAGCAUAUAUAGUUACAAAACAAGGGCUUGAUUGUGUUAGAAGUUUGAGAUAUUCUCUUCGAGGUUGGAUGGUUGACAAACUUCCAUUGGCAAUGAUCCCAAGCCGUUUCUUCUUCAUUGAAUCAAUACCGAUGUCUUCAUCUGGGAAGGUAGAUUACACAUUGUUGCCCAGUUCAAGGUGUUCCAUGUCAGAGAUCUGCAGUGAAAUUAAUGAGAUUCCUGAUAGCAAUCUCUUGCAAAUGAUAAAAGAGGCCUUCUGUGAUGCAUUGGUGGUUGAAAAGGUGAGUGACGAUGAUGAUUUUUUCGUGAUGGGUGGUGAUUCUUUUUCAGCAGCUCACACUUCUCAUAAAUUAGGAAUCAACAUGAAAUUGUUGUAUGCUUUUCCUAGUCCAUUGAAGCUGGUAAUAGCUCUCCUGGAUCAAGGACAGCAGAAUCAUGAUCGUAAAAGAAGUGUUCACUCUAGAGUGGAUAUGGAAGUGUUGGGAGCGAGCCGACCACUUCCUAUCUUAUCUGAAGUUUCUGAUCUGAAAACAAAGAAGCUACAUGGUAGGUUAUCUCGCAAACUUGGUGAAUCUGAUGCUGAGUAUUAUCCUAGCAAGGUUAUCAGGAUGGAUGAUGAUCUGAAUGUUGAUAAUAUUGCAACUGGGGAUGGCAAUACUUGGGACUCCAUCUCAAAGCACACAUCUUGUGCCUUUAGUCGUUGUAACAAAGUAAUGUUCGGGGAGAAGCUUGACAUCAAUAGAUCAUUUCAAGCAACAUUGUUCCAUGAAACUCUUGGUGACAAAAAAACUUCUAUGAGAGAACUGUGGAAAGUUCACAUGGAGUCUUGCGUUGAUGCAUCACCACUCAUUGUAGUGAGAGAAAAGGAUAUCUACGUAUACAUUGGAUCUCACUCACAGAAAUUUAUUUGCAUGAAAGCCCCAAGUGGUUUUGUCCAGUGGCAGGUACAAUUAGAAGGAAGAGUAGAGAGCUCAGCUGCAAUUUUGGGAGACUUUUCUGAGGUUGUAGUUGGGUGUUACAAAGGGAACAUAUAUUUUCUCAAUUCGUUGAAUGGAAGCAUCAGCUGGACUUUCCAGACAGGUGGCGAGGUAAAGUCACAACCGGUGGUAGACAAGCAGAGACAUCUGGUCUGGUGUGGAUCUUAUGACCAUAAUCUCUAUGCCCUUGAUUAUCAAAGUCGCUGUUGUGUCUAUAAGCUACAUUGUGGUGGGAGUAUAUAUGGGUCACCUGCAAUCAAUGAGGUGAAUUUGGUUAAUCACAUGUUGUAUCAACUUGUCUGUUCCAUAUGCAAAGUUGUCCUUCAUUUCUUUAAUCUUGUUGAUGAAACGCUUUAUUUGGCAUCAACUAAUGGCUGCAUGACCGCAUUAUCUUUAAAGGAUGUGCCAUUCAGUGUGUUAUGGUUGCAAGACCUGGGAGCACCCAUAUUUGGUUCUCUCUCAAUUGAUCACAUUAAUGGAAAUGUCAUUUGUUGCUUGGUGAAUGGACAUAUUGUGGCUGUUGAUGCAACUGGAUCCAUUGUUUGGAGGGGAAUAACUGGAGGCCCAAUAUUUGCUGGAUCAUCCUUAUCUCAUGUUCUGUAUAACCAGGUGGUUGCAUGCUCCAGAGACGGAAGUGUCUAUUCGUUUAAUCUGGAGAAAGGAAAUCUAGUAUGGAAAUGCGAUUUGGGGGAUCCAAUUAGUUCAUCUGCUUAUGUAGAUGAAAAUUUGCAGUUGACAUCUGAUCAUUCACUCAUAUCUGACCGGUUAGUAUGUGUUUGCACCAGUUCUGGAAGUAUAGUCGUACUCCGAGUCAACAAAGAGCAAAAUGCGGUGCAAAAGUUUGGUAGGAUAGAUGUUGAAGGAGGUAUAUUCUCUUCACCAGUGAUGAUUGGUGGCAGGAUUUUUGUUGGUUGCAGGGAUGAUUAUGUACACUGUAUUGGAAUCAAUGGUCAAUUACAAUUUAACCAAUGAUGCUUUUCUUCUUUGAUCCCUACUUGGAAAGAGAUUUUGCAAACUGGAGUCCGUAGAUCAUGUAACCAUACCAACUAAACCCAAUAUGCCCCACGUAGCGGUGGGGUCUGGGGAGGAUGGGAUGUGCACAAACCUGACCUAUACAUCGAAGAGUAGAGUGGUUGUUUAUGUGAUUGAUUACCUUAAUCGGGCCUCAUGCGGUUUUCAUU